AUGAACAGCAGCAGCAGCAGAAGCAGACAGCAGCCGGUGGGCACCCUCUGCGGGUGCUUGCCAAGGGCAGGCAAAGUCGCAGAAAUUCUACAGUACAUAACCCUCACAGUAGCGCUUGGUGGCAUCCAGUUUGCGUGGUCGGUCGAAACCGGGUUCGGCUCGCUGUACCUGCUCUCGCUGGGCAUGAAAAAGUCGCUAGUGUCGCUGGUAUGGCUGGCGGGGCCACUCUCAGGGCUCAUCACCCAACCGCUGGUCGGCGUCCUCAGCGAUCGAUGUACUGCCAAGCUUGGUCGGCGCCGGCCGUACAUCAUCGGGGCGACAGCGGCAGUCGUCGUGUGCUUUGGCAUCAUUGGCUGGACGCGGGAGAUAGUGGGAAAUGACCAGCCAAGGAUGGCCAUAUGGCUGGCGGUCGCUGCCUUUUACGUGCUUGACUUUGCGAUCAACUGCAUCCAGGCCAGCCUGCGCGCGCUCAUCGUCGAUAUGUUGCCGACGGCAAGGCAGGACAAUGGAACCGCGUGGGCAUCGCGCAUGAUCGGAGUCGGAAACGUCGCCGGAUACCUGCUGGGUUUCCUCGAUCUGGUGCACCUGUUCCCGUUCCUGGGCUCCAGCCAGAUGCAGAUUCUAACAAGCAUCGCCUCGCUCGCGCUCAGCUCAACGGUCGCCAUCACGUGUUUCUUUACGCACGAGGUGCCGCUGUCGCGUGCGGCGUCCCAGUCGGCUGGGGGCAGCGGGCUGCAGGCGCUUGGCGCAAUAUUUACGUCGAUCCGCUCGUUGCCGCUAGUGAUCAAGCGCGUGUGCCGCAUCCAGCUGUUUGCGUGGAUCGGCUGGUUCCCGUUCCUUUUUUACAGCACAACGUACGUGGCUGGGCUCUACACUGCGAGUCACAGCGGCAGCGGCGAGAGCAAGGACAAGCUGAUGGAAGACGGCACGCGCGCCGGGUCGCUAGCGAUGUUUGGCCAGGCUGUGUCCUCGCUAGCUUUUUCUGUCGUGCUGCCAGCAUUCACGUACUCGGCUGCGUCACGCGCGCCGCUGCACCGCCAGAGUGAAAACCGGGCGCUGCGGCUUGUGCACAAGCUACGGGCAAUAGUGUCGGUCAGUCUGCCGACAAUGUGGGCCAUGUCACUGGCCGUGUUUUCAGCGUCCAUGUUUGCGACGCUGUUCACGAGCAGCGUGAGGGGCGCCUCAUGGCUGAUUGCAGUGUGCGGCUUCUCGUGGGCCAUGGCCAUCUGGGCGCCGUUUUCGAUUAUCGGCGAGACUAUCAGCAGCAACUCGGCGUCCCUUUCUGCGUCUGGACUGCCGAUGCACGCGGGCACAGGCACGGGCACAGGCGGCGGCAGCGGUGGCAACCACGGGUAUGUGCCAGUGGACAGCACUGAUAUUCCGAUGGAAUCUAUGACAGCGGACAUGGGCGUUUUUGGCUCCGAGAACGGCAGCCGGCACAGCCAAGAGAGCGACUUUAACGGCGAAAGUCAGAGCGAGAACCCAAUGCAAAUCCAGUACCAAGACCAGAGUCAAACCAGGCUGUCGACUGGCACGAUCCUCGGUAUCCACAACGUAUUUAUCGUCGUUCCGCAGUUUAUCACCGCGUUUGUCAGCAGCCUGUUGUUUGCCUUCUUUGAGCGCAAAGGUGGCGAUGCGCCCGACGCGGACUCGGGAGCGCAGCACGCAUACGAGAUCGCGCUGGUUCUGCGCCUGGGGGCGUGGCAUCGGCGGUUGCGGCGUACUACGCGUGGAGGCUGCAGCACUAGCAAUAUGCGGCGCAGCUGA